AUGACCGCUGGUCUUCAGAUAGCAGGUGUUGCCGAGGUGCGCGUCUUUGCUGGGUUCUACGUUUUUCUUGCGGCAACGAUUCUUUGCGUUUUCAUUGGAAACUACGCCACGGUUUUUUGGCGCCGCAACACAACGCUUCGUUGCUGCCCGUAUUCAGUGAAGAUGAACAUGGAAGACUUCCUGGACGGUGUUUUGCUUUUGGACCCCGAGGAUGAAGUUGAGAGGAAUAUUUCAGAGGCGCAUAAGACCUCGCCAGUACGACUGCGACGCCUGUUUUGGCGCGUACUCCAUGUUGCUUUUGUUGCCGCUUGCAUCGUGCCCGUGUGGAUCGUGCCAUGUCUGAGCUACCGCGUAGGGGGCUUAGCCUCCGUGCUUCAGCCAGCCGACAAGAGCAUGACGUUGUUUGAGCUUUCUUCCACUUCAGUUGCGCUCCUUGUGACAUGCGCGUUUACCGUCGGCAUUGCGCCUCUGCUGUAUGUUGUCUUUUACCCGCAUUGCGCACUGCUUGCCUCUUGGGGCGCGGCUGACGCGCUUAUCGUGGCAUGUGUUGCCGGUCUUUUUCAGCUGGGGCAGUUUGUGGAGUUCACCGUUGGGAAGGACAUGCACGCCAUGUACAACGCGGAGGCGCGCCUUCUCUGGCCGCUGUUCCUGCUUCUACUCGCAUCCGUAUGGCAGUGGGUCCUUCUCGCCGAGCACAUUUUUGGGCUGUCGGGCCUUAUCAAAAAGGCCUGGGCGGCGCGCAAAAAGGCGGUUAAACCACAAAACAGUAACGCGAGCGCUCACGCAUGA